UCAAGAUUUGUAAACCAAUUCGUUAUCCCUUUCUUCAACUUUAACUUCUAUAUACUUGAGAUUUUAUCUCUAUAUAUAGCUAAAUAAAUGGGUGGUUUACAUAUACUUAUAGCAGUUUUGUUAAUUUCUUGUGUUAGUAUAUUCUUGCCAGAGUUGGCUUCUGCUCAACUCAGGACCAACUAUUACGCAAAAACAUGUCCUAAUGUUGAAAGUAUUGUUCGCAAUGUCGUUAAUCAGAAAAUCCAACAAACAAUUAUCACAGUCCCUGCAGUUCUACGUCUCUUCUUCCAUGACUGCUUUGUUGAGGGGUGUGAUAGUUCUGUGAUAAUAGCAUCUACACCAGGGAACACAGCAGAAAAGGAUCACCCAGACAAUCUUUCAUUGGCUGGAGAUGGAUUUGACACUGUGGUCAAAGCCAAAGCGGCCAUUGACGCAAACCCAAUUUGUAAAAAUAGAGUCUCUUGUGCUGACAUUCUCGCUAUAGCCACUCGCGACGUCAUUGAGCUCUCUGGUGGACCAAGGUACCAAGUGGAAUUGGGAAGGCUAGAUGGUUUCACAUCAAAAGCUUCAAAUGUGGAAGGCAACCUGCCAAAGCCAACUUUCAAUUUGGAUCAACUCAACUCUAUGUUUGCUUCUCAUGGUCUAGAUCAGACUGACAUGAUCGCCCUCUCUGCGGCCCAUACUCUUGGAGCUUCUCACUGCAACAAGUUUUCGAAUCGGAUUUACAACUUUAGCCCUAAAAAUCCAGUGGACCCAACCCUAAGCAAGACAUUUGCAGCCCAAUUACAGCAAAUGUGUCCCAAGAAUGUGGAUCCACAGAUAGUCAUCAAUAUGGAUCCAAUCACACCCAAUACCUUUGACAAUGUUUAUUUCCAAAACCUACAAAAAGGAAUGGGCCUAUUCACCUCAGACCAAGUGUUAUUCACAGACAAAAGAUCCAAAGGAACUGUUGAUUUGUGGGCCAGUAAUUCCAAAGUUUUCCAAACAGCAUUUGUGAAUGCGAUGACUAAGUUGGGCCGAGUUGGUGUCAAAAGUGGCAAGAAUGGGAAUAUUCGUAGAGACUGUGGAGCAUUUAAUUAAGAGGAAAAAAAAAGAUGAUUGAUUUUGCUUGAAGUUUGCAUUGCUUGUGAAUGAUGACAAUAAAAGAUUGCAAACUAGAAUUUAGUUGUUUUUCUAAUAAAAUGGGACGAAGUUCCUUAAUUUGUCCAUAGGGUGGGUGAGUUGCAAUAAUAAUAUGCUCGAAGUCCAACUUUAAACUAGGGGUAUAUGGCAAACUUGCAUAUUUGUAAACAUAUUGAUGGUAAAGGUAAAAUUUUAUUCCUAUUUUAAUUAAUUGAAUAUGUUGUUUCGGAUAGCAUAGUAUUUUGAGUCGUUUCACAUUUAACUCUCUUUAGAAUGGGCAUAUUGCUAUUAGUUCGA